AUGGAGGAGCGCGGACUGCGGAUUCUCUCUCUAGACGGAGGAGGCACGCGAGGGCUCUCGUCGAUAUAUAUCCUUCGCGAGAUUCUGGAUCGCGUAGCUCCGGGACACGGCGGCCAUGUAAGGCCGAGCGAGUACUUCGACUUUAUCGGGGCAUCCGGGCCCAAUGCGCUUUGCGCCCUGCUCUUUGUGCGGUUUGGGCUCACCAUUAACGAGUGCAUUGAGUACUACCAUGAGCUGUCUAGAAGGUUGGAUGGCGUGGAAGAUGUCUUGAAUGCGAGGGAAGGCGAGGAGCUCGAUGACGUCGACUUCGCCGAUUUUGACGCCGCGGCUGACCCGGCUAACUCCCUCGAGACGAUUCGCCAGCAGGUGGUUGGCCUAACUUUCAAGGCGAUGAUUAUGCGACACGUCACGGACUGGCUCGAGCGAGCCAAGAACGCGGAAGCAGGCCAGUUCAACUACAAGUGCCCCAUGGCCACCGUUGGUGUCGGCCAGUGCCGCGCCGCCGUUAUGGGCUCCGAGUCGGCAGGGUAUGGGAGGCACGAGAGCACCGUCGCCCACCGGCAAUACCAUGUGCCCAUCUGGCAUCGAACAUACCUACGGCGCAAUACCAAGACAACGUACACGUGCUGGGCCCUGGCCCUGGGGACAAUGGCGUCACCCAGCAUUGUCCGACCUGGCGUCGUCUUCCCAGAUUUCACAGCCACCGGCGCCCAUAGCGUGCAUAGUCCGAUAGAGUUGGUUCUAGAGGAGUGCAGGAAGAUCUGGCCGGGGUUACGCCCGGGCGUCAUCGUCAGCGUUGGGACAGGUGGUCUGGAGGCCAUCUCGGAUGAGGCAUGGGGCGUGAAUGCGCCGUCGCGACCCCUAACUCUCGUAGCCGCCAAAGUCUGCGCAGAGAUGGUCGACGCCAACGAGAGCAUCACCAAGCAGUUCGAGCGCUAUGUUCUCCCCCACGACGAGACGUUGAGGCACACCUAUUUCCGUUUCAACGCGCGGGGACCUUUCCCCUUUUUCGAGUAUGACGCCAGGGAGAACAUUCUCAGUGACACAACCAGCUGGAUGUCGUCGGGUGAGGCGGCAGCACGUUCAGCUCGAGCCGCCGCCCUGCUGUCAGCGCCGCAGUUUCCGGAUACCUUGGAGGAUCAAAUCGGUCUUUCAGCCUUGGCGGGACUUCUUGAGUCUCUGACUUUGCACGGCUAUGCCGAAGAGGCCGAACUCCUGUCGGAUACGAUGACGACCUAUUUCUUGUACGAACAUGCGAACGCGGGACGGCGGUCGCAUGGCAAACUCAUGAUGGCUGUUGCCGCUGAGCGGCUGGCCGACGCCGUUGACCAGCAACAGCCUGUAAAGCAGGGCCAAGAGCCAGAUCGCUCCAGUUCGUGCGCCGCUAGGCUCACUAUGCACUCAGCCUACGGUUUAGGCUUGGAGUGGAUGUGGCAAAUAGGAGACUUGUCCUCGGCUUCUGAUGUCGCUGCAACGGCAUAUUUUCUUCUGAUUAUAGCUCGGCGAAGCAGUCCGCAGGAGAUGGGUACCACUCUGGCCCAAAGUGUGAUUCGUUCCGUGGCCAAGAAUAUUGGCAUGGCACCGGACUUGGAUCCCCUGUUCAUCGCGCGUACCGAAGAGUUGUUGAGGCUGUCUUCGCUUGCAUGUCUCUGCCAAUCAGCCGUCGUCGAGGCUCUUACCUCCGAGCCACGCAUCAUCUUCAACGGGCCCUUCGUGCGCUACCUCCACGAGACGAUUCAGGACACCAAUCUGCAGAUGCUCAGUCCAGUGGUAGCCGGACCUUUAGCCACCGCGCUGGCAACUAUUAUCUCUCUCGGCCGCUGGUCUAGGUUCCGUGAUCAGACAAUCACGUGCCUUUUGUCAAAGCAGCUCGGCAGCCACGACGCCCUAAGCUAUCUUCCCUUGCUUAACUUGGCUAUUAACAGAGAGUAUAUAUCUCACGAAGGGCAAACACACGAUAAAGAGGAUGUUUUAGAUGCCUGCAGCGUCACUCUCAAGACAUAUGGUCUCCCUCUGGCACACCGAACCCCCGAGGUCGCCCGAGCGUGUGUACAGAACGGUUUCCUGGGUGUCCUUCGCCGAUUGCUUAAUGGUGAACGCAUUGACACUCAAAGCGGUCCAAUUACCAACCAACCCACGGCUACAGCACAUAAGCUGCUCGCCGCGUCUAUCACAGAUGCCGGCGAUAACCUCCUGCAUCUUGCUACCCGCAGUGGUUUCAUCGACGUUGUCAAGCUGCUGCUGGAAUUUGCUGGAAAGGGGAGAGGAGCGCUGUGCCUAGGCCAGCUGAAUCAAGCAGGCCAUACUCCUUUCCACGUGGCCUGCAUCCGACGCGUCCAUGUCGACGUUCUCAAGCUUUGCGUGGUCGGAGGCGCGAAGUGCGACCAAGUCAGCGGUGUCGGCCGCUCGGCCCUUCAUUACUGCUUUCCGGACAAAGAAAGCUUUCGCCCCUACUAUCCCGAUCUGGUCAAGCUGUUUGAAGAUUUCCAGCUGCUAGUUACUUUGCCACUUGACUGCUGGAAAGGGUGGACGAAGGACAAAGCAACAGUAACCAUUGAUCCUCACGUGUACGACCUCCGCCAGCUGAUUCAAUACAUCUAUUGUAGGGGAGCGGACAUCUGCAUCCAGGACCACUUUGGAGCAACUCCCGGACAUCUUGCCGUGCGGAGGGGAUGGCAUGUCAACACCGAUAUAUUCUUCGCUGGGGCGAGAACGGAGGAUGAGAGGGUAGUACACUCCUUCCUGCGGCUUCGGGACCAUGAUAGGGCAAGUAUGCUCGACUUGAGUCGGGCGAUGGGAGACAAAGCCGCAGAAGAUAUGAUAUCUAGUGAAAUGAGGAAGAGGUGUAUUGAAGUGCCACUUUCACCGCCAGUAUCACUUCAGCUACCUCAACCGAGUAGUUCAAACAGCCACUCACCAGAUUUACCCAUGACAACGCCGCCACUGAACCAGCCCUUGGCACAACCAGCGAAGCAGAUGCUGUCACCAGCAACGGCCACGGGCUACAAGUCCUCGGCGACCUAUAGCCCCACUCCCAGCGCUUCUUCUAGACCAUUCACACCCGUCUUUUUGCAACCCAGCAAUGCACCCACAGCAUCAACACACUCGAGGCCAGCAUCCACGGCAGCCACGCCAGAUUCAGCGCACCAGUCGCCCCACACUCCACAAAGCCCAGUCGUGAACCCGGGCCCCCAAUCGAGACCAGUGCCACAACAUGUGCCCUCGCCAGGCUACAGCCCGGGCGGCUGGAGUGCGCCGGCUCCCACCCCGGCCUUCCAUCCGAGCCCAGCGCCUCCACCACAAAUAACGGCGCAACCCCUGUACGGCAUGCCGCAGCCGGUGCUCUAUAGUCAUAUGGGCCCGCCACAUCUGCCGCACGGCUAUCCGCCCCCGACUGCCUCACCCAUGGCCAAUCAGUCAUCUAUGCAACUCCAAACCAUGACUGCUCCACCUCACGGAGGUGGGGACGGGGGAGCAGGUCAAGGAAGAGGAGGAGCCUCCGCGCCUCUCCAACCGCCCCAGAAAAAGGGAUUGUUCAGGAAGUUAAUCAGGCGGGACAAAUCUUAA